AUGACCUCGACCGCGGCUCUGCGCUCCGGCCACAGCAAAUGGGCCACGAUCAAGCACGACAAGGGCAAGAACGACUCGGCGAAGACCAAGGCGCGCGCCGCCUUCUCGCACGACAUAGCGCUGGCGACGAAGCUCUACGGCCCCGAGCCAUCGCAAAACCCACGACUCGCGCUCGCAAUCGACAAGGCCAAGAAGGCAUCAAUGCCGAAAGCGGGCAUUGACGCAGCGAUAGCGCGCGGACAGGGCAUUUCGGCGACGGGGACGGCGCUGGAAACGGUGACGGUCGAGGCGAUGCUGCCGGCCAACGUUGCCGUGGUGCUCGAGUUCGAGACGGACAACCGGCUGCGCACGCUGGCGGACGUGCGCAACGCGAUCAAGCGGGCGGGCGGCAACACGACGCCGGUGGGCUUCCUGUUCGAGCGCAAAGGCCGCGUCGCGUUCAAAGGGCGGGACGGCGUGACCGCCGACGCGGUGCUGGACGCGGCGCUCGAGGCGGGCGCGCUCGACGUCCUGGACGAGGAGGACGGUGACGCCAUCGUCUUCACUGACCCGGCCGACACCAAGUCUGCCGCUGAGAGCAUCUCCAAGGCUUUGCAGCUCGAGAUCGACGCCAUGGAUAUCGUCUGGGACCCUAUUGAGGAUACGAUGGUCCCGCUCGAUGGCAAUGACGCCGUCGCCAAUCUGAACAGGUUCCUGGACAUGCUGGGCGAGGUGACGGGCGCGCAGGGCCUGUACAUGAACGCGACGCAGGGGCGCGCCGACGACGGUGCCUGGGCCGACCUCAUGGCCAGGGUGGCGUCGUUGUGA